AUGGAAAACCUUACCAGUGAACUGUCAAACGUCACCGGCAGCCUGGCGGGAACGGAAAGCUACCCGAUCGCGGUGACAGCGGGCCAGCUGGCUGGCGCCGUCAUGUCAACACUGCUGGCCCAGCUCGUGACGGCGGCAACAACAACUAAAACCGCACAGCAACAACCGUCCACCGGUACCACCACGCCAACCGCUCGAGAUCGGUACGGCACACCGUACAACGUUACGGACGAGCCGGAACAGUUCCUAGGGCCGGGACCGGAUGGGAGCGGCCAGUCUAAUUUAUGGUUCGUAACCUCGUUAGCCCUGUCGUCCCGAUCGCAGCAACAGCAGCAGCAGCAUCAGCAGAACCAGCAAAACCAACAGCAACAGCAGCAGCAAAACCAGCACCUUCAGCACUCUGGCGCGGGCGGGGAGAGCGGCGUGGGCAACGUGUCACCGGUCACCCUCUCGACCGAGUGGCCCCGGCUCGCCCGGUUGCUGCUGCUCGCCGGGCUGUCCGUCGUCGGCAGCAUCGGCAACGUGUUCAUGAUAUCGUCCGUUAUGAUCGAGGACCAUCUGAAGAAAGCAGGCAAUGCAUUCAUAGUGAACAUAGCGCUCGCAGACUUACUUAUCACUAGCGUAGUGAUGCCAGCGUCCACGAUCGUCCUGCUGGCUGGCAUCGACAAUUCCGACACGGAAGUAUGCAACUUUCACUGGUUCUUAGCUGCUUGCUCGUUUUUGGUUAGCAUUUUAACACUAGCCAUGAUGGCUAUCGAGAACUACCUACGGUUGUGCACGUUCCAGAAUGAGCGCGGUUGGUUCAACAAAACCAAAACGACCGCUAUCUUGCUGCUGAUCUGGACCGUGGCCUGCAUUGCGUCCGGCAUGCAGUUCAUGUACGACAUCCGGUUCGACUACUGCAACUGGAAGGUGCAGCAGGUGAUUCCGCAAGAGGCUGGCGUGGUAGGGCUGGCGGUGCUACUACCCCUUCUGCUGACCUUCAUCACGCACGUCCGCCUCAUAGUGGAUGUCAAGCGGACGAUGGCCCUGCCCGCGUUCAAGCCGAGCCUCGCCUACACCUGGGACCUGUCGCUGGCGCGCACCAACUUCUACAGCUUCCUGAUCUUCGUCGUGUUCUGGCUGCCGUUCUGUGUCAUCUUCGCGUACGGCACCGCCCGGUUCGUCUCGAACCGCGUCUUCUACACGACCGUCUGGAUCGGGCUGUCCAAGUCCUGCUUCCACAACGUCAUCUACUGCCUCACGAACCGGCACUUCCGGAGCGCCUACAUCAGCCUGUUCAACUACUGCUGCUGCAAGACGACGGUCGCCGUCUCGCGACGCCAGCGGGCCGACGGUAAUCGCCCGACGGCGGACGUGCGCGUUCACAUCAUCCCGGGCUACAACAUGUACUCGUACACCAGCCCGCAGCGCUCCGGCAACUGCCACGGCCACUGGGGCAAGCGCGACUGUCACGAGUUAUGA